CGACCUAGCUUGGAAAUGAAUAGGACAUUGUUCGCAGUCAAACAUUUGUCUUCACUAAGGCGCAGUUGUUCUUCUCUGGGCUGCCAGGUGAUAACCAACCCGCAGGAAAUUGCCAAAGUCUACAGAGAGCUCAGCCUGUUUCCCUCUUUAAGCAGAGCAGACGUGGGACCUGUCAUCACCUCUCAGUAUGGGGGCAAAUACAGCAACAUAUACACAGAGUGGAGCCAGCGUGAUCUGGAGAGAAACGAGAAUGUCAAAUUCUGCAGACAAUACAUUGUCUUCCAUGAUGAUAAGUCGGUGGUCUACUCUGGUACUUCUGGAAACUGUACUGAAGUCAAAGGAGAACUUCUAAACAAGGACUCUCCUUCUGGUGAAAUGAAGGCGGUUAUCAGAGAAUGCACGGUCAAAGGAGAGGAGAAGCAGUUUCUGGAGAUCUGGAGUAAAAACAUCAAGGUGAAGAGCAUCAACCUAACAGCUUUAAAGAAACAUGGCAAAGUCUAUGAGGAUGAGCAGUUUGGCAGCUUGGUUUGGUCGCACUCUGAAACACACCUCUUGUAUGUUGCUGAGAAAAAGAGGCCUGAGACUAAAUCCUUCUUCCAGACAGAGCUUCCAGAGUUGUCUUCCAUUGAAGAUGAGGAGGAGACCAUGAGGGCGGAGAAAAAAGACACGGUUAAAGGGGAGCAGUUUGUCUACUAUGAGGACUGGGGAGAGGCCUUAGUUGGCAAGAGCUGUCCAGUGCUGUGUGUUUUGGACAUAGAAGGGGACAAUGUGUCUGUGUUGGAAGGAUUACCUGACAGCAUCUCACCUGGACAGGCAUUUUGGGCUCCAGGUGACACAGGUGUGGUGUUUAUAGGCUGGUGGCACGAACCUUUCAGACUAGGCUUGAAGUACUGCCCCAAUCGGAGGUCAUCUUUGUUUUAUGUCGACUUGACGGGUGGGAAAUGUGAGCAGCUUUCGUCAGACAACAGUGCGGUGUUUUCCCCAAGACUGAGUCCAGAUCAGUGCCGAAUUAUUUAUCUAGAAUGUUCUGUAUAUGGGCCACAUAUGCAGUGCUGCAAGCUUUGUAUGUACGACUGGUACACUAAGAAGACCUCAGUGGUUGUGGAUAUUGUUGGACGACCAAGAGAAGACGGCUUCACUGGCAUCUACAGCAGUCAGUUAUCGCCGAAGUGUUGGUCAGCUGACAGUCAGCGGGUUGUUGUUGCUUGUCCUCAGCGCAGCCGAAAGGAUCUCUUGGUGGUGGACACAAGCACAGGAAGCAUCACCUCUCUGACUGCAAAGUCUGAAAUUGGUAACUGGUGUCUUCUGAAUAUCGAGCGAGAUCUGAUGGUGGUCAGCUGCUCCUCUCCUAACUGCCCCCCAAAUCUGAGGGUGGGCUUCCUUCCAGGAAAGGAUUCCCAAGAGCAAGUGGUCUGGGUGACUUUGGAAGAGUCUCAGACUUUACCAGAUAUUGACUGGCAGAUCAAGACUUUCACUCCUUCAGAAGGACUAGACAACCAUCAAUACCCUGGCACUGACUUUGAAGCUGUGCUGAUGAAACCAAAAGAAGUGAAGGAAGGAGUGAAACUACCUCUGAUUGUCCUCCCUCAUGGAGGUCCUCACUCUGUGAUUGUAGCUGAGUGGCUUCUGUCUACCUCUGUGUUCUGCAGGAUGGGUUUUGGUGUAUUACUGGUAAAUUAUCGUGGCUCUCUCGGUUUUGGCCAGGACAGCAUCCUCUCACUGCUGGGCAAUGUGGGUUCCCAGGAUGUCAUGGAUGUUCAGUAUGCUGUUGAAAGUGUCCUAGACGCUGAGUUUGACAGGGAGAAAGUGGCCAUUUCUGGGGGUUCCCACGGGGGGUUUCUAGCCUGCCAUCUAAUUGGUCAGUACCCAGGGUUCUACAAGGCCUGUGUGGCUCGCAAUCCUGUCGUCAAUUUGGCCUCCAUGAUUGGCAGCACGGAUAUCCCGGAUUGGUGUGUUGUUGAGGCAGGAUACGGUUACAGUCCUGAUUGUCUCCCUGAUCCUGCCGUUUGGGAACAGAUGUUAAACAAGUCGCCUAUCAAAUACGUCCCUCAGGUUCGGACCCCAGUGCUGUUGACUUUAGGGGAAGAUGACAAGCGUGUGCCUAACAAGCAAGGGAUUGAGUACUACAAAGCUCUGAAAGCAAAGCAGAUCCCUGUUCGGUUACUGUGGUACCCUGGAAACAACCAUUCUCUUUCCAAAGUGGAUGCAGAAUCAGAUGGUUUCAUGAACAUCGCUUUGUGGAUAAUUCAACACUUAGGCCUGUGAUGGUGGCAUAAUGAAGACUAAAGGACUUUAGUUUGUGAAUGCAAACUUAUUUUUAUGUUAUAAGGCCCAAUCCAAAGCCAAAACAUUGAGAAUUGAUCUUCAGCUAUAAUACAUUUUAACUGUGCGUAACCCAUAAUGUACUUGUGGGUAUUGUUGUUAAUUUCGAGUAUUGCAUAAGAAGAUGACUAACAAUUAAAAAAUAAUAGUAAUACCACACUUGAAUAAAAAUAUUUGAUUCAAUGUAAACAUUUUAUUGAUACUGACUUGAUUUAUUUUUAAUUAUUUUGACUUUUUUUCUGAUUACAUGAAAAGAAUAACACUUAUAAUCAGUCUCUUUUUUAGAGAUUUUCUUCUGCUUGGGUAAUUAGAUUUUUUUUAAUUAAAUCUCUUGAUUGUACCAUUUUGUGCACCUAAUAAAACAAUUGU